AUGACGAUCUCUACCAGUAGGUAUAAGCAAUAUCAAGUAUCAAAAGGUAUUGUAGAGUCAGAAUCAGAAUUCAAUAAGUAUUUCGUGGGAAGCCUUGAAGGAUUGACACCUGACUUUGAUAUUUUAAUGUGGUGGAAUGUGAACUCAAGCAAGUUUCCAAUCAUUGCCUAUAUAGCACGAGAUGUCUUGGUGAUUCCCAUUUCUGCUAUUACUUCUGAGUCCGCAUUCGCAUUAGGGAAGAAAGCAAUGGCAGAGCUCCUUCUUUCUGCAUUCCUUGAAGUGUUGUUUGAUCGAGUGGCUUCUCCAGAGUUGCUGAAAUUUGCUCAUCGAGAGGGACUUCGAAAACAGCUAGACAAGUGGCGUGAAACCAUGGAAAGAAUUCGAGAGGUGCUUGAUGAUGCAGAGGAGAAGCAAUAG